UUUUGAAAUUUAUUUACUCGAUUCACGUCAUUUGUUCCAGAGCACGUUAUGUAAUUCUAUUUUCUGUUCAGAGAAAAUCGAAAAUUAAAAAUGGGUAAAGAAAAUUUUCUUAAAACUCCGUAUGGAAUAUUCAGAUCUAUGGAACUGACAUUCGCAAUUGGUGGUGUUGUUUCAACUGAAGAAACAAAAUAUUGUGGCGAUACAUUCCAGAUACGAUUCUUUGAAUUUGUUUGCAUUUCUAGUUUGAUCUAUAUUGCAAUGUUUUUUAUAAUUUUAUUCUUUCGCCUCUACGAACGACUUCAGAAAUAUUUUAAGAUACAAAUUUUCUUACUUAUGAGCGAUCUGAUAUUUACAGUACUGUAUGCAGUAUCCACUGCUUUUAUAAUUAUUAGCAUAAUUACAUGUCCAGAAUUAACUGCAGCGAGAAGUGUUACAUCUGUACUCGGAAUAUUGAAUGUUGUAUUUUUCUUCUUCUCCACUGCAAGUGAUUUUCGUUGGACUACAUCUGAUAUUCCGCCAUUUUGAACAGUUUAUAAUGCAUCAAAACUGUCUAAUUUACAUGUAAAUUUGUAAAACAAAAUCUUUAGUACUUACUCCUAUCUAGUUUUUAAAAUAUGCGUUUUCUGCUUUGUUAUAAUUAUAAAUAUAUUAAAAUUAUUGUAAUAUUUAAAUAUAUUUUAAAAAGUUAAAAAAUAAUUAUAUUCAAAUAAUGUUUUUCGAGAUUGGAAGUGGAGCCAUCAGUGGUGGAUCAAGAAAUGGGAGGGUCCCAAGCACAACGUAGUUUUGACGCGCCUUGUUCUAAAUACUAAUGCUAUCAAAUCAAUUUAUUAAAUUUUUAAAAAUAAUCAUCAGUCAAUCGUUUCCUUAAAAAUAAUCUCUAAAUAUCUAGAUAAAGAUGGUAUCUGUGCCUGAGGUUCGCAGAAUGUUAAGAAAUGUUCCAAUUCCAGCGUUCAUAAGUCUUCAAAUCCUUUUUCCAUCUUCGUAACCUUCUUUUUAAAAAAACGCCGUUUUUUAUUCAGAGUUCAGGGAUUUCACUCAUCUAAUCCCCAUAUAAACAUUAUAUAAAUGUAAAAUACAGUAAAGACCCCGCUUAACGCUGG